AUGGGGGCUGAUUUUCAACUCCCAGAUGAAUGGGCAGAUGAUGAUGAAAUAUACCGAUUAUUUCAACGCAUAAAACGUCCUCGAAGUCUUGACACUGUGUCUUAUGACCGAAAAGUGUUGUUUUGGCGGAAUCUGAUACUCGAAUACACAAAAUGCCAUCGCAUUUUAGUCGUGACAGAGUCUGCCUUAAAAACUGUAUUUAAACGCCAAUUCAUCUCAGACGGCACUACCCUUUAUCCGCAGUGUCUGCACCAAGUCCUUUCCAAUAUGUUCGAAGAUGGACUGGUAAAAGUAUCGCGCCUGGACGGAACGGUCAGUGGCAUUCUAAACUUGAGUGUGGAGUGGCUUAUCAAGAAACCUGUUUCCUGGGCCUGGUCAUACUUUACUGGAGCUGACUCACAAUCAAGUGAUUUGGAUGCCAGAUUAUAUGGUUCACCCGAAACUCCUUUAUUGGUUGCGGGUCUCCUCUCAACCUUCUGUGAACAGUUCGUCGGUUAUCUUAAAGAAACCCAAUCAUCUCUCGCCCCCGACGCUCAUGUGUACACCGAAGAAGAUUUCGAAACCGCUCUUCAUGAGUUUUUCACGCAUGAAUCGACUCUCGACUUUAUUAGGAAACAUCUUUAUCAACAGGAAAUCGUGAGGAUUGAUUCUUCAGCACCCAUUAGGCUGAUCUUUCUUGUCAGUGACAAGAAUCCCACCAAUUUGGACCCAACUGUUCUUUCCUCAAUCGCGCAUCUGCGCAAAACGAUGCGUCAAAUCACGAAUGACGAAGCGCGACUUUCGAAGGACCUAAUGGAUCGGCGCUCGAAAGUUAAAAGUUUGAUGCGUCAGAAUAGGAAAUCAGAAGCCUUGGCGCAGUUGCGUCGAUGCAAACACUUGGAGGCAGAGUUGGAGCGGAAGUCAAAACACAUGGCGCAUCUUGAGGCUCUGGAGUUGAAGAUCGGUGCAGCAAAGGACAAUCGCUCGGUGCUUAAGGCCAUGUCGGAAGCCACUUCAGCACUUAAACGAACAACCGGAGGUUUAGAGGGUGUUGCUGAUGCAGAGGACACCAUUGAUGAGAUGGCUGAGCUCAUUGACGAAUCUAACGCGAUAUCUUCUGCGAUUGGAGAACCCCUUAAUGGAUUGUUUUCCAACACGGUAGACAGCGAUCAAUUGGAGGCGGAGUUGAAGGAGAUCUUAGGCGACUCCGACAAAGUGCCACCCACUAAGCCUGCGGUGUUGGAAUCCGUUACCGAAGAAGAGUUGAUGCGUCAGCUAGAUGCACUCGAUGUCUCCGACCUCCCACCAUUGAACCAGCCAAAGGUGGCAGGUGCACAAGCUCGUGCUCAGUGA